GCUUGGUUAUGCUCAUCGGUUUGUCCUGUUUCGCAGAGAUUUCGCCACAUUUGUGAGUAAGGAGUUAAACCUUGCGCCCGCUUUGCGGGCACACCAUCGUUCCUCGGAUGCGGCAAGGCGUAGUGGCAAGCUUCAGUUGCUGUGCCAUCUUAUCCCAGCAUUAUUCCUACUUUUCAAGGCACCCUGCUGACCAUAUUUCUACCGUGUACAGUUUAUAGCUGUAUUCGAAGCCUACCAAGCAAAUAUCGCCGUAGCUUUGACCCAACCUUCAUCAUGUCUGACUGGGACACCACUGUCAAGAUCGGCUACAAGGCUCGUCCAGCCGGCUCGGGCGCAGGCGGUGGCGACCGCGGCCCUACGGCUCUGGAACGUUCGAAAGCGGUCGGCGCAGUGACGGAGAACAACCGCAAAAUAGCUGCGGGCCACAACACAAACCACGCUGGCGUCGAUCACGCUCGGCUGGCCAAGAUCGAUCGAGAGAACGAAGUCGCCCCACCACCCAAGGUUGCGCCUUCGGUAGGGAAGGCGAUCGGACAGGCGAGGCAGGCAAAAGGCUUGACGCAAAAGGACCUCGGGACCAAGAUCAACGAGAAGCCUCAAGUCAUCGCCGAGUACGAGAGCGGAAAAGCGAUUCCGAACCCGCAAAUAUUGGGCAAGAUGGAGAGGGCGCUGGGUGUCAAGCUGAGGGGUAGGGAUAUCGGUGCUCCACUGGCGCCUCCUAGCAAGAAGUGACCUGGCAGCAGAACUUCCUAUCUCUAGAGCUUCUUCUGACUUAUAGAGCUCUACGGAAGGACUGCCACCGCAUGUG